CCUGUCUUUAUCUCUAUCUUCUUAUCUCGCAACCAGAAACUCAUCGCGUGUCUUGUUUUUGAGAAAACCCUGAAGCAAUACCAAAAUCACCCACAAUUCCAAACCACCAAACACAACACUUGCGAACCGCCAACAUACCUUGAACAGUCACAACCAUAAUGGAGCAGAACAUCCUCGGCGAACUUCCACUGGAGCUAAUCCUCGAGAUAAGCGACCACCUUCCGGCGCACAGUGUCGCGAGUCUUUCCCUGACCUGUCAAGGCUUUUACACCAAUGCGGUAAUUCACAGGGUUUGGGCUCGCGGCCUCUCACGUCCAGAAGAGGACCCAAGUCGCCUUCCGAUCAAAUCUCUAGCCAUUCUGAGACCAGACGUCAAAAAUCAUGAAAUUUUACUUCUCCUCAAGCUUUUGCAGAAGGACCUACCGAGACUAUCGCUCUGUGACUUAUGUCAGAAGCUGCACCCCCAGCGCGAGGUUCCCGUGACGAUGAAUCGCGAGAGUUGUCCAUCUUGGACACCAUGCUCAAGACAUCCCUCAGCCGGGAUGUGGCUGCAUUAUGAUGACUGGGACGUACACUUAUCUUCCGAACACAUACAACAAUUCGUCCGAAACUAUCAUGAAAGCUCGAAAUCUCAUACUCCCACCUCUGGGAUACAUAUCGACUCGAAAUGGGAACUCCAUAAAUACUCGGACCGUGCUACGUGGAUGAGGAAGCUCGAGAUCAAGUUUUUAGUUGUUGGAGGUCGCCUGAUCUUGCACGUGUGCCAAAGACUGAUGGUCAUUGAGGAUGAUAUCCAGUCUCUUGGCAUCCACUCCAUAGGAAGUCUGGCAAGCCGUUCCUUCAAAGUCUGCCAGUGCCCCGUGGAUAUGAGCGAUGCCAUUUACGUCGAGUUCAUGAAGCAGCGGUGCAGACUUAGUCAAGGUUAUCUGCAAUGCUGUCACAUUUGUUUCACAAGGUUUGCAUUCAACAUUCAUCCACGCACCAUGUUAUAUCCAGCCAGUUCCAGUGAGAGUGCUCGAUACGAACACAACUUGGAGCUAAGUCUGGAUACGUGGACUAUGCUGAGCGUAAACGUCCAGAGCACCUUUGACACCUACGAUGAGGUAUGGCUGCUGGCUGCUUCUCACUCAAAGACGCUAUACACUCCUCAGAGAAUGGCCAUGGCCUUACAGAAUAGCACAAGCGCCAAAGAAGAUCCAUAUGAACGCCUGAGAUUUUUUCCGUCGGCUAGCGCGAGCGGACUUCCAUCUUGUUUGAACCUCUUGGCCGAACGGGUUGCUAUGAAACAAAGAAUAGCUCUGGAUUUACGAGAGGAUGAUCGGAGACAGCACGAUGCCAUUACAUGUGGCAAGGGAGUUCUCACGAAGCAGCCAACGACGUGGAGAAUCGCUUUGUCUACGCUCAGGCAGAUUUUUCACAUUUCUUGCUUUCCCCUACGUUGCUUCAGAAACAAGAAUAUCAGGACGACAUUCACCAAAGAGCAAAUGGAAUGGAAACCUCUCGAGUCCUGGGUGUAUCACCACUGGAGACAGGAACCCAUAGAUGGGCUAAAAUUACAAUGAUCUGAGUUGACAUUGUUGUCUGCACUUGUCUAUCUUCUACCGAAUAUGUAUUCCCCAUUAACUACAGCCAUCUUUAAGCGCGAG